GCUUGCGUACUCAGUCCAUCCAUGGACAGGUAUGACAGGAAACAUCUAACAAGUGUGUUUGUCGGUCUCCCACGGGAUCCUUUCGAUAGUCUAUAUUUAACACUGUUAAACCCCGGCUUGCUUUCUUUUGGUGGAGGAACAUACGUGUUAUACCUCCGGGAGAAUCCAUUCAAUUGAGGAAGAAAAAUGCGAAUAGCGAUUUCAGAGUGAAUUGCAUAUCUCAUCUGGCGUUCCCGCUCAUUUCAAAUCCACAACGUAAGUGUGCGUGACAUUAUGAAGAAAGAGCCUGGCACUGUUGAUGAAGGAAAUGAAAUCCUGCUACAUGAUAAGGAUUCGCCAAAGCAUAACAACUACCAGACCUUAUCCCCAUCCAGAAAGCCAUUGCCGCUGACUGCUCCUGCAAUCAUGAGCUCGUCUCUCGAAGACAUCAAUCUCAACAGUCCUGUGCAUCGGGGUACGAAUGCAUCCCCUGAGGCCUCCGGACAGGACUCCGCCCCCAAACCUAAACGAGUGCCGAGACGGAUCAUUCAUUGUAGUGACGGAGUCAUUGAAGAAUACAGCACGGAUGAUGAGCAAGCCGAUGGAUCCGACCUGGCCACGGAAUCUAAGAUGGCUAGUCCCAAACUUGACACGAAAACCCUGGCUUGGAUGCCUUGGAUGAUCCACCACACCUGGUUUGCUGGAUCGACUAUACUCUCUUAUUGCGAUUUUUGGGGCGAGAAACUGGCUUGGAUCUUUGGGAUCACGAGUCCGAAAUAUUAUUACGAAAUCGAGGAGUUCAAGAGAAUCGAGGAGGAGGAGAAGGAGCGCAUGGCUCGACAAGACGCCGAAAUGCAAGGUUGGCAACCACCUAAACCAACUCUGGAAAACAAUACCAUUACUGAAGAAGCGAAAUAGGCAGGUCCAAGACAGGUGUUUGGUGUAUGGGGGGGUUCACAAAAAAGAGAUAUUUUAUAAUUCAGUGUAAGGAUCAUAUGCAGUGGGAAAAUCUAAUCAUUAAAGACGUGUUCUACUUUGCGAUGA